CCACUUUACUAUUUUUUUACUUUCAUUGUUAGAAAAUUUCCACUAUACAAUAGAAUACAAUUGCGCUCACUUUUUUAUUUCUGAUUUAUGCAAAAAAAAUAUUUAUAUACAACAGUCUGUCUCUUCAAGAACCAACAGCCAUUUCGCGCUCUUAUUUCACCUUAUUCUGCCAUGACAAUUUUGCGCUUGGGCAACACCAACUCAUCUCCUUCUUCCUACGCGCGUCACUUUCUGACAACUGCAAGCACCAGUGACAAGCCCGAGCAAACACCUGCACCCACAAUGGUCAUCCAAAAGGGCACCCAGGGCAUAACCCUGUCACAGCUCGACAGCUACAAGGACGAAUUUGACGCCGACAUCAAGAACAGACUGGCUAAGCUGACAAUCUCGCGCGAAUCCUACAGCAACGCGCUGGAGAACCGCGAUGUGGUUGUCCAACACCCACCAGUAUUUUCGCACAAGCUGGCAAUCGACGCACCGAUCACGAACCAGAAGGUCAGUGGUCGAUGCUGGAUUUUUGCCGGGCUCAAUAUGCUGCGGCAGAGCAUGAUGAGCGAAUACAAGUUGGAAAAGCUGGAGCUCUCGCAGCCGUACCUUUUCUUCUACGACAAGAUGGAGAAGUCCAACUGGUUCCUGGAGAACGUCUUGAAGACGCUUGACGAGGAUCUCGACGGGCGUGUCGUGCAGUACCUUUUGAAGGACCCUGUUGGUGACGGUGGCCAGUGGGAUAUGUUUGUUGCACUGAUUGAGAAGUACGGCGUGGUGACCAAGGAGGCGUUCACAGAGACAUUCCACACGUCAAACUCGAGGGAGAUGGACAAGCUCAUCACGGCCAAGCUGCGCGACUACGCCAAGAAGCUGCGCAACGCACACGCAGAGGGCAAGAAGGAGAACGAGCUGCGCGCAUUCAAGCACGAUAUGCUUGAGGAGAUCCACCGCAUCAUGGUCAUUUCCUUGGGCCACCCGCCGACAAAGUUCAACUGGACGUUCUACAACAAGGACAAGGAGUUCAAGGAGUUCCGGGACCUGACGCCGUUGGGAUUUUACCGCGACCAUGUCAAGCAGGACUGCACGCAGACAGUGUCCCUGAUACACGAUCCGCGCAACGAGUACAUGAAGAAGUACACGGUCAAGUACCUGGGCAACGUGGUGGGCGCCGAUGACGUGCACUACAUCAACUUGGGUGUCGCGGACAUCAAGCGCUAUGCCGCCGAGGUCAUCAAGGCCGGGCGACCCGUUUGGUUCGGCUGUGACGUUGGAAAGUUCCACUCGCGCGACAAGGGCAUGAUGGACACGGAGCUGCACGACUACAAGGUUGCGUUCAACUUUGGGUUUAACAUGGAUAAGGCUGAGCGCCUGCAGUACGGGGAGAGCCUGAUGACGCACGCGAUGGUUUUGACGGGCGUGCAUAUUGAGGACGACAAGACCGUGCGCUGGCGGAUCGAGAACAGCUGGGGCGAGGACUACGGCAACAAGGGCUACCUGAUUAUGACUGACCGUUGGUUUGACGAGUUUGUCUACCAGAUCGUGCUGGAGAAGCGCGACAUUCCGGACCAUGUACUGGACGUGCUCAAGCAGGACGCCGUCGUGCUGCCACCCUGGGAUCCCAUGGGCGCGUUGGCCCAGUGAGGCCCGAUGAUAGAGCAAUUUUUUUAAACUUUUUUUUUAUCCAAUCAAAAUUUUCACUUU